AUGGGUAUCAAACACCUCUUCCAAGUCAUCGACGAACACUGUCCAGAUGCUGUCAAGACUGGCGAGAUCAAAAAUCAGUUCGGUCGCAAGGUCGCCAUCGAUGCCUCCAUGUCGCUGUACUCGUUCCUCAUCGCCGUCCGCUCCGAAGGUCAACAAUUGAUGAACGAAUCUGGAGAAACAACCUCGCAUCUCAUGGGAAUGUUCUACCGCACUCUCCGCAUGGCCGACAACGGUAUCAAGCCUCUCUACGUCUUCGAUGGUGCUCCACCGAAGCUCAAGUCUGGAGAACUCGCCAAACGCUUCCAGCGCAAGACCGAAGCUGAAGAAGCCCACGAGGAGGCCAAAGAGACGGGUACUGCUGAGGAUAUGGAAAAGUUCAGUCGUCGUACUGUUCGUGUCACAAGGGAGCACAACGCCGAAGCCCAGCGACUUCUUAAGCUGAUGGGCAUCCCCUUCAUCAUUGCACCAACCGAGGCUGAAGCUCAGUGUGCUGCCCUGGCUCGUGCCGGCAAAGUCUAUGCUGCUGCCAGCGAGGAUAUGGAUACACUGACCUUCGCUGCUCCUGUACUCCUCCGCAAGCUCACCUUCAGCGAGCAGCGCAAGGAACCCAUCCAAGAAAUCCACUUGGACAAGGUCUUGGAAGGUCUGGACAUGACCAUGGAUCAGUUCAUCGACAUGUGCAUUCUGCUCGGCUGCGAUUAUGUUGACCCCGUUAAGGGCAUUGGCCCGAAGGUCGCCUACACCAUGAUCAAGGAACACAAAAGUCUCGAGGCUGUUGUCGGUAUGCUCGAGAACAACAAGAAGUACACGAUUCCAGACGACUGGCCUUGGGCUGAAGCAAAGCUGCUCUUCAAAGAGCCUGAUGUUCGUCCCGCUGACGACCCCGAGUGCAACUUCGAGUGGAAAGCACCUGAUGUUGAAGGCCUCGUAAAGUUCCUUGUCGAGGAAAAGGGAUUCAGCGAGGACAGAGUCAAGAACGGUGCAGCUCGUCUCGCAAAGAGUCUCAAGAGUGCACAGCAAAGCAGACUCGAGGGUUUCUUCAAGCCGGUCGCUAAGACUGCUGAAGAGCAGGCGAGCUUGAAGCGCAAGAACGAAGCCAAGCAAGAAGAGAAGAAGAAAAAGCAGAAGCAGGCAGCUAAGGAGAAGAAGGAGGCUAAGGCCAAGCCCAGAGGUACUGCCUAA